AUGCCCGGAGUUCCGUCUGGUCGCGGAUGCGAAGCGUGCCGAAAGCAGAAGAAGAAGUGUGACCAAGCGAAGCCGUCAUGCUCUAGAUGUACCCGGCUCGAGAUACCCUGCAUUGGGUCCGGUCAAAGGCGAUUCAAGUUUGUGGAUGAAUCUCAAUCCCAAGUAGUUGUAUGCAAGCCCAAAUCAGACCCAAGUUCACCUCGUCCACAGUUACCUGCGUACGAGAGGAUAUCUUGGUCGCCCAGCAAUGACUCUACAAUGAUCAUGGGGGCUUUCUGUUCUGCACUUCGGAUCACAGAUGUGCGGUACGAUCUCGGGGUCUAUGGGACAUUUAUAAAGGACAUUCCGAGACGACUUGGAACCAAUGCCGCUCUUGAUGCGUCGGUUCGAGCUGUAACCAGCACUUAUUCCGCUGUACACACGAGAAGUAAAACGGUAGAAUCACUCGAGCAUUACGUGGAUGCGCUAGAGGUGCUGAGGAAUACGCUGAAUGACCCCGUCGAAGCGGGAUCUGCAAAUACUCUAUGCGCCAUGUAUCUCAUGAUGGUUUGCCAAGUUAGUACCUUAAGAUCUUUGAGACAUAUGCAGGUACAGAACACUGAUGAGACGUUACAGGGAUGGGUUGGAGAAAAGGAUGAUUGCACUAGCCAUGGAGAGGCAUUUGCGUAUCUUCUCAGCAAUGUCAAGCCUCAGGACUUUCAAGCCACAUUCGAAGACGAGCUUCUCAUGACGUUAUGUGUACCAGUUAUCGUGGAAAGUAUUGCGAAACCAAACAUCCAGCUGCACCCAUGGCUCGAGAAGCUAACCCAAGCUCGGGACGCCGCCUGCCCCAUGCAAAGUCUGAAGUUGGGAAAUAUGGCCAAAAUAUCAGAGUUCAUCUCUAAUCCGCAAGGAAAUCUGGUAGAAAUGCAAUUCAUCUACGGGUCAAUGGCACCGGAACUAGCCAAAAUUCGAGCAUUCCUCGCCAAUAUUGUAGAAGCUGGAGAUAUCGACAGGACGAUUCACUCUCGCUAUCAGACUGUUUACGGCAUUCAACUUUCCUUCGCUAUGAUACUGAACGUUCUCCUCCGUUCUUUUAGCGUCGACAAUUUCAUGGGAAUGCUUGACGAAUGCACAUUACUCGUUAGUGAAACCAUCACAUUGGCUGAGGAUGCAAGGCAGUAUCGACCUUUAGGCUCGAGUGGAGCGCCUACCACUCUCGUCUGUGCGUGGGCUGCUACCAGCGACAUGGCGCAGAGAAAGAGGGCGGAAGAAUUGAUGGAUGAAUAUCAGGCUGAUUUUGCAAUUGCAAACUGGAAGGAAAUAGCUCGAUGGAUUGAGAGGAAGCUGAAUGACGGAUGUCUCAGCCAGUGUCUUCCUGAGCUCACUACGCUGGGCACUCAGAUGGCAGCUCAAGACCCAAUUGCUACACCCCAAGAGUGUAUUGUCAUGUAG